AUGACAGGAAAUGGGAUUUUAACUGUCACCUAUGCGACUGCUGGUCCUGUUGGCGCUGAUACAACUACAACAAUCUCUUUCCCUACGAUUUCAACAAGAGGGACAACAACAACGGAUGCUCCAAAAACAGAGGCGCCGACAACAGUGGUUCCUAAAACUGAAUGUCAACGUAAACGAGCUAAUGCAGCAGAAAAGGGAACAACAGCAGCAACUUAUGUGCCUGAAUGUACAAUAGAUGGUCAAUAUGUCUCUUUACAAUGUAUGCCAACUGAAAAUGAAUGUUUUUGUGUGGAUAAAAAUGGUGUUGAAUUGAAACAUUCACGUUCAAAGGAUCGUAAACCGGAUUGUGAAAGAAUUUCUUCUGCACAACCUGUUCUAGUUCAGGAUUGUACAAGUUUACCAGAACCGGGCCCUUGUACUUCAAACUUAAUUUAUUGGAAUUUUAAUGUGGCUAAUGGACAUUGUAGUCAAUUUAAUUAUUCUGGAUGUGGUGGGAAUGGAAAUAAAUUUGGAAGCCGUUUGGAAUGCGAGCAACGUUGUUUAAGUUCAUCAAAGAAAUGUCCAGGAGGUCAAUUACCCUUAAAAGAUGCGCAAGGACUUUUGGUUGAUUGUUCUAAUGCUAGCUGCCCUCCAAGUUUCUCUUGUCACUCUUCAAUUUGUUGUCAAUUAAUUUUACAAAAAGAACCAAGUCGAGAACAGUUGCCAGUUUUGGAUGGAACAUCUACAACAAUAAAAGUUUUGGAAGCUUCACCUCUUGCAUUACCUGAAACUGAAAAAUCUGAAAAAUCUGAGAAUAUCUGUUCUUUACCCAAAGAUAGAGGCCCUUGUGAUCAAUACCAAAUGCGUUUUUAUUUUAAUAAAGAUUUGGGUGAAUGUAAAUAUUUCUUUUAUGGAGGAUGUGAAGGAAAUUCGAACAAUUUUGCGCGAGUUGAGGAUUGUGAAAAGGCGUGUUUAUCCAAAGAGAAAAUUCAACAGCCAAUUUCACAACAGACGAAUAGUUUUGUUCCAAUCUCUUCCUCUUUGCCUCCUAUACAAACAACAACAGCUUCAAAAUUAAUUUUAGAAAAUGGAAAAAAUAUUGCUACGGAAGGAAGAUUGCCACCGUUUUCUAGCAGAACUACUCUACCUCCUCCAUUUCCUAUAGAACCAGAAACACCACAAUUGCCUGUAAUUACUUUCCAACCUGAAACUGACAAACAAAACGUAUUUUCUCCCUUACUACCCGAAAGAAAACAACAAAUUACACCUUUACUUGAUGUUAAUAAAUGUCAACAUCCAAAAGAUGUGGGAAUUUGCGCAGCACAGUUUGUUCGUUGGUUUUGGAAUUCUGAAUUAAACAAUUGUGAAACAUUUACAUAUAGUGGUUGUGGAGGAAAUGGAAAUAAUUUUGCCAGCCGUGAGGAAUGCUUAAAUAUUUGCCGUGAGGAAUUAACAACAGUAGACACUUCAAAUGAUGAAAAAAGUGCUUGUGAUGUUGAUAUAGAUCCAGGAAGUUGUGGUGGAAUUUUUAUGAGAUAUGGAUUUGAUAGAAGAACAGCUCAGUGUAGACAAUUUCAAUACGGUGGAUGUGAGGGAAAUGGCAACAAUUUUGCCUCAUUGCUCGAAUGUCGGAGUAAAUGCCUCGAUGAACCUGAAGAGCCUCUCAGCCCAAAUAUUUGUGAACAUCGAAUUGAUCCGGGUACCUGUUCUGGUACUUUUCACCGUUUUGGUUAUGAAACAUUAGCAAAUCGAUGUACAAGAUUUGUUUAUGGAGGAUGUGGUGGAAAUGGAAACAAUUUCGCUUCAAUUGAUGAUUGUCGUGCAGCUUGUGUUCGUCAUAUUUGCCCACCAGAACCUGAAUGUGACACAAGUGGACGUUGUCAACUUGUUAAAGAUUCAAAAGGAUGUUCGCUCUGUAGUUGUCCACCUCCAAGACAUUCGCCAAUAAUUCCUUCUGUUCCACCAUUGGCUCCUCCAGCAGUUGAACCACAUAAAAAUACUUGUCCGCAAUUGGAUGUUAAAUUGUGUCAGGAGCCGUGCAUCAUCUUUUUAAAUCGUCGUGGAUGCCGUGAAUGUGUUUGUCCAAUAAUUACUCCACCGACUAAUUCGUUUCAUGAAUCUCCUCCUGCUCCGGUUUCCAUUCAAGAAUCUCCAUCACCACCGGCAAUUCAAACUGUUUCAGUUCCACAGAUUAACAACCGACAGCAACAACGUCCUUUAGAAUUAUCUUCAGCUUCACCUCUUCCUCCUGCAUCAUUUUCUUCAUUUGUGCCUUCUUCAACGGUCUCUCCUCCAGCUCCACCAGCUAUACAGCCGCCAAGACCUGCAAUAAUCGGUGUUCCAUUUAAUAAAGCUUUGGAACCUUUACCUCCACCAACAACAACAACUGAAUUACCAUUAUCCUCUUCUCGUUCACAACCAGUGUUGUCAAAGAAAUUGCCUCAAACUCUUGCUGAAGCAGUUAUUUCUCAACCAGCUACACCAGAACCUUUGCCUUUUGGCCAUAAUGAAAUUUGUACACAACCAUUGGAUAUUGGUGCAUCUGCAUGUUCUCGUUUUGUUCAACGUUGGUAUUUUAGUUCAGAAAGUGGACAAUGUGAAUCUUUCAGCUACACUGGAUGUGCAGGAAAUCGAAAUCACUUUUUCUCGAAGAAGGAAUGUCAAAUAUAUUGUGCUCGAUUUUCAAGAACACUAACAUCAUCAACUUCUGAUGAUGGUCUUCUUUUACUUACCCCGGAAAAUGUUGAGACAAGUAUCUCCCAAGAUCCACCUUCCACAAGCACCACAACCACAACAGUUCAAUCUACGACUUCUAACAAACCUAGCGCUUCUUCUGAUUCAUCAAUUAAUCAGAUUUCCACUACAAUAAAAAUAGAGGAAGAACAUCCAAAAAUUUCAAAUAAAUUAUCAAUUGAAAAACAAAAUGAAGACAAGGACUUAAGCAAUGAAAGGUUGAUAGAAGAUGAGGAAAGAAACCGUCAACUUGAAGAAGUUUUGACAACCUAUACAAUUCCAACUCUCCCUCCAAUUGAUUCUCGAGUUCUUUUAAAAAGCCGUAUAGUACCUGAAGCACCAAUACAAAAUGAAUUAUUAGCAGUUACAGAAGGUGGUCUAGAUAGAAGACAAGAAGGACAAGAAGUAUUCAAAGAAAAGCAGAAUAUUCCAAUUAGAACAACAGCUGGUCGUCGUGUUGAACAACAACAACAAACAACUUCAAUUCCUUUAAUCUUACUAGAAACUGCUGAAAAUAAUAAAAAUGUUGAAAGCACUGAUACACUAACAAAUUUGGAAACUGCACCUAGCAUUUCAAAAAAUAUUCUUCCUUCUCAGCUUAUACAAGGCACUAAAUUAGUUGAUAAAACUCGUCAAACAAAACUUUCUCCUGUUCAUUCUUUCCAAAUUCCAUUGAACAAAAUUGAAAAUAAAAAUAGGGAAGACCAGUCCAUCCUUUCAACUCAAUUGCCAGAAAUUGAAUCAACUUAUUCUUCUGCUAUUUUGGAAAAUAAAGAAGAGGAUGAGCGAAGAAAAGAAAUUGAAGAGAGGAAAAUAGAAGUAAAAGAAGAAAAUAGGGAAGAAGAAGAACGUAAGGAAGAACAAAAAAUUGAAGAAAAGGUUGAGCCAGAGGAGGGCAAUCAACCCUCGUUAACUGAAAAUUUGGAAGCAGAUUUAUCAACACCAACAACUCAAACAAAAAUUUUGCCAACUACUAGUACAAUACCAAAAAUUCCAAAAUUACAAACAAUUAAACUUUCAAUUGAAAAAAGUUCAGAAUCUAACAAUAAUGAAGAUAAAAUAAAUAAUGUUGCUGCUGUAACUCAAGAAUCAAAUAAUGCAUUAAUUAGUGGAGAAGAGCGUUUAGAAGAGCAAGAGGAGGAAGGAAGGACAACAAUUUCUAAAACUGAGGUAACAGAUGAUGAUUUGAUUUGGGCAGAAAUGCGAGAAGGUGAAGGAGGAAAGGGAAGAAAAUUUAAAAAUCGUGAAGAAGAAGAGGAAAAAGAAGAGAAGCGUUCGCAAGGACUUGUGUCUAAUGAAGCUGAGCCUUUAGCCUUAGAACCUUCAAGCCAAUCGGUUCCAUCCUUGGAAGAAAGCGAUAGAAAGGAGCAAGUUCCUUCAGAAAGAAAAAAUCCUCAGCCUCUUCCUGAACAUGAAGAGGAAAAAAUUCCCAGUCUUUUUACUGAUCAACAUAUUAAACAAGAACAACAACAAAUUCCUCUUGAAUCAAGCAAUUUAGGAGAAGAGCAAAAACAUGAGGAGCAACAAGGAGAAAAUACAGCAGAUGGGGCUAAUCAUCCAGUCAUCUCGAAUAAUGAACGUCAACAAUUGCCAAUUAUUUCUCAAGAAGAGAAGGUCAAAGAAGAAGAACAACAGCUAAAAGCUUUACCAGAAGUAGAAAUUGAAGAUUCAAGAGCGCCAUUGAACAACAAAAUAAAUGAUAGCAUGGGUGAUACUCAAUCUGAACUUCCAAUUGAUUCUGUUAAUGAAUUUUCUUCUCAAUCUUCUACAUUAUCUCCUGAAACUCAAGAAGAGCUACAAACAACAUCUGAAAUUACCACAGAAAUUCCUCUUCGUCUUUCUCCUCAAACUUCAAUUAAUUCUCGUCCAAAACAACAACAACUUCAACGCCCACUUCCACCUGUUCAACAUAUGAUUAUUCCUCAUAUUCAAAAUAAAAAUGAAAUAUGUUCAUUACCUCCAGUUGCAGGACCGUGUACUUCUUUUGUUUUGAGAUGGUUCUUUAAUCCAGAGAAUGGUAUUUGUGAACAAUUUUCUUAUGGUUCUUGCCGAGGAAAUUUGAACAACUUCCCAGAUAAAUCACAAUGUGAAGCCGUUUGUUUGGAUAUUCCACAAAAAGUCCGCCUCAACGAUCGAUGCAUUUUGGAUCGUGAUGAAGGAACUGGUACAGGGUAUAAUGUCCAUUGGUAUUUUAAUGUUCGGAAUUUGAGAUGUGAACAAUUUAUUUGGCAAGGAAAUGAUGGAAAUGCUAAUCGUUUUGAUACAGAAUCAGAAUGUAGAUCUAUUUGUGAACAACAAACUAAUGAGAAGAAGAGGCUUAAAGAACCGGAUGAUUUGUCUCAAUUAAAUAUUCCGCCACCUGCAGGGAGAAUGAGAGGAGGAGUGGAUAAUAAUUUUAAUCAAUUUGGAGCAAAAACAGCAAAUACUCAAAAUGAAAUUGGUGAUGUUGGAAUACCUGCACCCUUCCAUGCAAUAAGUGAUGGAGUUGUUGAAAAAUCAACAGAUGUUGAACCAACAACUGAUUCUUUAAAUUUAAUGGCCGAAACAAAUGAACCUGAAUCAAACUUUGAACAUUCCACUACAAGUUCUCAAGCAACUAGACGUGGAAAUGCAAAUAAUCAUGAUGGAUAUUCGGCUGUUUUAUUGCCUAAAGAACCGCAAAAGGUUCCAGAUUUACCACUUAUUGGACCAUCUAUGCCAGCAGUAAUUGAUUAUCCUAAUGGGAUAAGACUUGACAAUAAUAAUAAUCCUGCUCCUCAACCUCUUAAUGUUGUUAAUGGUUUGCCUCAACAUAUACCUGAGCAAAACAGUGCAAAUAAGAACAUGUUACCUACACAAUUUAAUGAUGAUAAAAACGACAAAGAUUCUCCACUCUUCUCUUUUUCAAAAUCUGUUGGUGGAACAAUAGCUAAUGGUGUCCCUAUUUGCCCGAAUGGACUAAACACAAUGCUUUAUAGUGAUGGUCGCCCAGUUCUUUGCCUUCCUGGGAUGGGACAAUGUCCAGAAAAAUCAGUUUGCUAUUUUAAUGGUAUUGACUACUUCUGCUGCCCUAAUGAAGAUGAUCCAUAUGAUCAACACAUAUUUGGUGGAUAUGAUGGGGAAGAAUUGAAGCAUGGAUAUAAAGCAGGAGGCAACAAUCAACAGCAACAAUCAUCUCUUCGUGUUCGCCGUCAAAAUGAUAAAGAAAAUGGACCGUCUUCAUCUUUAGUGUUGACUGAAUCGCUUAGAUUUGAUGAUAAAUCCCCACCAGGCCCAAUUCAAAGACAAUCACGUUUUCAUGGUGGAAAUGGGAAAGGAUCAACAGCAACAACAAAUCCAUCAAUUUGUUCUCAACCUUUAAAUAAAGGAAAUUGUGGAGAGGCUUUACAACGUUAUUUUUAUGAUUCUGAAAGUGAUCGUUGCAGAACUUUUUAUUUUACUGGAUGUGGAGGAAAUGAAAAUAAAUUUGAUACAUUAAUUGACUGUGAAAGGAUUUGUAAGAAAGGAGGACCGGAAUCUUCAAAAGAACAACAAAAUUCAUUUUCUCAAAAGCGUCCAGGAGUUUGUCCAGGUGGAAAUUUGCCGUUAGGAGGUCGUAAUCCUGUGCUAUGUGGUGAACAUUUUGAUUCUAUUGGAUGUCCAACAGGUUAUUUGUGUGUUCCUGGUGAGGUUUUAUUAAAUUUAUAA